AUGCACAUUUGCGCGCGGAUCUUCGCGUGGGCAUGGGACCUUCUCGUCGGUAGCGCGGCGUAUCCGAUGCAGCAGUCUGUGGGAAUAGAGGUGCGGGUGACCAACGAGAUUCCCGUCGUUUCAACGGAAUCGAGUGCCAUACGAGAUGGAGCACCGCCUUGGACUACUACUUCGGCUCCAAGUCGAACCUCCCCGCCAACUCCCACAAAUCCACAUUCUCAAUACUUAUCGCCGCAUGUUUUUCACGGACGGAACUCACUUUGUUCCGCGAAUGAUUACACGCGAAGGAGGCGACCCAUGACACUGCGCAUCGGUCCUCGUCUGAGUCUUCCGAGCAAGAGCACAUCCGCGCCGACCACAACUACAGACGGGGAGUGGCGUGCACUUAGGUAA